AUGGUAUCGCUGGAUGGCCCAGUUCGGCGCCAAAGUCGUGCCGUGGUUGCUUUGGUCGUUUACAUUUCUUUGUUUCUGGAUAACAUGCUGUUAACAGUGAUUGUCCCCAUUCUACCCGAUUAUCUCGUGCAGUUCCAUGCCAAUGUACCGGAAAGCGUUCUCUACAAGAACUUUAGCCUCCAUUACGUGCCAACGCUGAUCGGGGCCGGUAGUGGAGCGGGUAUAGAUCAACCGGUACAACCCGAAAUUUCACGAACGCCAGCGAUCGAGGAGGAAAACGGAUCCAUCGGUAUCCUGUUGGGGAUGAAGGCUUUGGUGCAGCUCGUUGCGAAUCCCAUCGUCGGCAGUAGCACCGGACGGUUCGGAUUCUGUCUUCCGAUCGCCUUCGGUACGUUCAAUCUGUUGGUGGCUUCGUUGAUUUUCGGUUUCGGUACGUCCUACGGAUCACUGUUUGUGGCUCGGGCUAUACACGGUAUCGGAUCGGCCUGCAUCGGUGUCUGCGGUAUGAGUCUUGUCGCCCAGCUGUACACCGAACCGGACCGUCGAUCACGAGUGAUGGGCACCAUCUUGGGUGCGAUGGCCGUUGGAGUGCUCGUGGGAUAUCCAUUUGGUGGAAUUGCGUACGAAGUGGCGGGUAAAGCGGCACCAUUCCACGUGAUUGCCCUGCUAUGUUUGGGCAAUCUGGUGUUGCAGUACUGGCAACUGGAAUUCGGUGCGAUUCGAUUAAAUCCCCUACCGAGAGAUUCAUCGACGACGGUUACAGAGGAAAGAUGGGUGACCUGGUGGCCCUUGCUGACCGAUCGGUUGAUCCUUGUCAUCGUGGGAGCCAUCUGGAUUUCAACUUCGGCCAUGGCUAUCCUGGAACCGUGUCUACCGAUCUGGAUGAUAUCGCAUCUGCAUCCGAAAAAAUGGCAACUAGGCACGGUGUUUAUACCCGAUUCCAUCGGAUACUGGGUAGGGACAAACUUCUUCGGUACCGUCGCAUAUCGCUAUGGGCAGGUUCGUGUUUCAAUAGCCGCGCUACUGCUCGUUGGUAUCUCCUGUGUGCUGCUGCCAUCGGCUAGCACCGUGGCCGGAUUGUUGUUCCCACAUUUAGGACUUGGACUGGGUAUUGGAGUAGUUGAUGCGGCAUUGGUGCCCCUACUGGCCACAUUAGUCGACAAUCAGUUAGCAUCCCGGAUGGAUUAUGAUCCCGAGCUAAGCCCCGAUGAGGAGAGUGGUCGCCAUGGAUACGGAGCCGUUUAUGCCAUUCAGCAGAUAGCCGUCAGUGUAGCCUACUCGCUGGCUCCUAUCAUCGGUGGAGAGUUGGUUCCGGUGAUUGGCUUUCCAUUCGUACUACGCGCACUUGGUAUACUGAAUCUUUUCUACGUACCACUGCUGCUAUGCUCUGCUUUGCGAAGGUCGUUAAUCAACCCGAUGCUGACUACGACUAAGCAAACCGAUCUGCCCCUUGCCAAUAGUGAACCAUCGUCCUACCGGCGGUUCUACAAUACCGUGGAAUGAAUGUGUCC